UGCACACACAUCUCUCAAUAUAGUUCUUAAAUAUAUUCCAAUUAAGAAGUGAAGAGAGACAUGGGAAAUUUGGUGGCAAAGAGAAAAUUGGUACAUCCAAUUGAGGGCUAUGAAGGAUUGAGAUCAAGUUCAAGGCCUUUGAGAAUCAAAGUAGUGAUGACUAGAAAGCAGCUAAAGAAGCUCAUGGAUAUGGCCGACCACCUCACAUUAAAUCGUGAUUUAGGCACCUUGAUCUUUCGAGAAUGUUGCCAAGAAGCAAAAAAACCAUGAAGUUUGGGAAACGUCUCAAGCAACAGGUUGAUGACACAUUGCCCGAUUGGCGAGAUAAAUUCCUCUCCUACAAGGACUUGAAGAAACUCCUUCGCCUUAUCUCUAACAACGUUGAUGUGAUCAAUAAUAAUGCUGAUGCUGAUUUUGUUUGCUUGUUGAACUCCGAGAUCGACAAGUUCAAUUCCUUUUUUGUAGAGCAAGAAGAAGAUUUAGUGAUCCGUCAUCGGGAAUUGAGACAGAGAAUUUUGGAAAGUUGGGGUCCACGUGGAAAUGAAAUGGAUGAUCAUAAACAAGAAAUUAGAGAAGACAUAGUGAAUUUGCAUGGUGAAAUGGUUCUCUUACUCAACUACAGCAAUCUUAAUUAUACAGGAUUAGGGAAAAUUCUAAAGAAAUAUGACAAGAGAACAGGGGGAUUAUUAAGGCUACCAUUCAUUCAAAGCAUACUCCAACAGCCAUUCUACAAAACAGAUUCACUCUCUAAGAUGAUCAAAGAUUGUGAGGUUAGCAUUGAUGCAAUUUUCCCGACCCCAAAACAACAAUUCAACAAUGAAAACAAGCCUAAUAUUUCAGUUGGUAGUGAAGGAAUUUUCAGAAACACAGUUUCAGCUCUGCUCAGCUUGGAGGAAAUCAGAAGAAGAAGCUCCACUUAUAGCCAUUUCUCUUUGCCACCUCUCAACUUGCCUGAUUCUGAUCUCAUCCACUCCUUUCAGCUCAACUCUCCCAUUCCAAUUCUCUAGUUAUCUUAUUACUUACUUACUUCCAACACUACAACACAAUAUAUAUAUAUAAAAUAAUACACUUCACUAAUUCCCCACCAAAUAUUUUUACUCUCUUCUUUAUGUUUGUUUAUAUAGAAAAUAGUUGUGUGUGUUUAGUUGAAGUUUUGAUUGGCUUUUAUAUAUAGAAUCUAUGUGUGUGUAUGUAA